AUGGCAAGAGGUGGUCGCGGUGGCGGUCGCGGUAAGCCGUUUCGCGGUAAAGGCAGAGGUCGCGGCGGCGGCGGUGGCGGUGGUGGUAGAGAUACCAGAACCGAGCCGUGGUCAGACAUCCCGCGCAAGAAUGAGCUCUUCGAGAGCUACUACCGCAUGGGCGGCUUCAUGGAGGAGGCCGAGUUUGAGGAAAUGUGGAAGGCCUUGCAGACCGAUCUGCCCAACAGCUUCCGCUUCACUGGUACCAAGUCCGAUGCCCUCGCCGUUCGCGAAAUCUUCAAGCAGCGUUAUGUCCCAGCGAUUGCAGCAAAGAAGUUCGAGGGCAAGCCAGUGCCACCCCCAGAGCCAGUCAAUGCCUUCCCCGACGAGCUUGUUUGGCAUAUGAAGACACACAAGAAGGUCAUUCGACGACAUGCGCCCUUUGCCGACUUCCAGAAGUUCCUCGUCGCAGAAGCUGCGUCCGGUAAUAUUAGCAGACAGGAAGUCGUUAGCAUGAUUCCGCCGCAUUUCCUCGACGUCAAGCCAGGAAUGGUAGUCCUUGACAUGUGUGCGGCACCUGGAAGCAAGUCUGCGCAGCUGGCUGAAAUGAUUCACGGCGACGAGGAGGACAGAGUCAGGAGAGCUGCAAACGGCGAACCUACCGGCAGUGGCGAGGACGGCGACUACAGUGAUGAUGGCCGCUCGACAGGCCUGCUCAUUGCGAACGACACCGACUACAAGCGCGCCGGCAUGUUGGUCCACCAGGUCAAGCGACUUAACUUCCCAAACCUGAUCGUCACCCAACACGACGCCUCGAUAUUCCCUUCCAUCGAGCUACCAAGCUCAGGCCAGAAGAAGAACUACCUCAAGUACGACCGCAUUCUUGCCGACGUUCCGUGCGCUGGCGAUGGCACUGCACGUAAGAAUCCCAACGUUUGGCAAAAGUGGACACCCAAGGACGGUCUCGGUCUGCACAACCUCCAGCUCCGCAUCCUCUUCCGAGGCCUGCAGAUGCUGAAGAAGGGUGGCCGCAUGGUCUACUCGACAUGCAGCAUGAACCCCGUCGAGAAUGAGGCUGUAGUUGCAGCAGCUAUCGAGGCUUGUGGAGGAAAUUCAAAGGUUCAGCUUUUGGACUGCGCAGAUCUUCUGCCCAAUCUGAAGCGUCGCCCGGGUCUUAACGUUUGGAAGGUUCUCGAUACAUCUCAGGUCUCUGUAGGAGCAGAGAAGACGGCGCAUUUGUUCACUAGCUGGGAGGCUUUCGAGAAGGCAAAGGCCAAGUAUGCGGCAGAGGAGCCUGAGCGCUCAUUCUCCACCAAGAUCACCCCGGGAUGCUUCCCGCCUAUUCCCAAGUCACCCGAGGAGCGCAUACCUCUCCAACGCUGCAUACGUGUAUAUCCUCACUUGCAAGACACGGGCGGUUUCUUCAUCGCAGUCAUUGAGAAGCUCGACGAUAUCAAGGUCACACAGGUGCAAAAUCCAGAGAAUGCUGCGAAGUCGCAGAGAUCCAAGGACAAUGCCACAAAGACAACAGACGCCUCGGUCCCAACACCAGAAGAGAACGUUAUUGAGGUCGAUGCGACAAAAGGCGAGACCGAAGCUGAUGAAGAGAAUGGUGCCAACCUAAAGCGUAAGUUGGAUGAUACUGAAGAGACAGCCGCCCAGAAGAAGGUCAGGACCGAUGAAGAUACACUUGCUGAGUCCCUAGAAAAUGGAUCAGCUGCUGAGACAGACGCAAAGCCUGCUGCGAAUGGAUCAACCGACUCUGCAGUCGUCAAAGAAGCCAAGCUUAAGCCCGAGAACCAGAGCCAGAACAAGGAGUACUUCGAGUACCUCCCAUCAGACGACGCAACCAUCGCAUCGAUCAUGGAUUUCUUCGGUAUUCACGAACGUUUCCCUCGCGAUCGCUUCAUGGUCAAGAACAAGGAAGGUCUUUCGCUUAACAAGAUAUACUACACUUCAGAACUGGCGAAACACAUCUUACAACAGAACAAGGGACGAGGCAUGAAGUUCAUUCACUGCGGUGUUGUCAUGUUUGUUGCGCAUAAGAUAAAGGACAAGGACUACACCCACGCACCUUGGCGACUCCAGAGCGAGGGCAUCCGCAUCAUUGAGCCAUGGGCAUCGAAGCGUAUCGUGAACUGCACCUCAAAGCACACGUUGCAUCAGCUCAUUGUCGAAAUGUUCCCCAAGCUACCCCGCGAGGGCGAACACGGUCUUGGCGAGGUUGGCGAUCAGCUCCAAGCAAUGGACAUCGGCUGCUGUUUCGUCCGCGUCGAGAAAGACGAUGCGCAGGAAAUUCCGUUCCGCAUGGUCUUGCCACUCUGGAGGCAUCCUGGCAGUGCCAACCUUAUGGUCGACAAGGACGACCGCAAGGCCAUGCUCUUGAGGCUGUUCAACGAGAAGGACACUGAGAUCAUCAACCACGUUGCCGACAAAGCCAAGGCUGAGCAGCAAAAGCAAGACGAUGCGGCUGCUGCCGAGGCCAAGGAAGAGGCCGGUGUGAGUGAUGGCGAAGGAGUCAACGAGGAGGACAUUGCGAAGGAAGAGGGAGGCGCUGCAGCUGUCGAUGACAUGGAGGUCGACACAGGAGCAUGA